CAGUCGUCACACCCAGCAUCACAUCACCUGCCCGCACAUCAUCACACGGCACAAUACACAUCUUUUGCCCGUCCCACGCCUGUCAGCAAUCCGCACAUCACUGCAUGGCUAAUGCGCACUUUAAUGAUACACGCACAACCCUGAGCUCUGGUCUCUCCUCUUCCUAGCCAUUCACGAUUGUUCAAAGCACCUGCAUUCGUCGCCAAAUCAUUGAGGGUUGCAAGACCCGCACUGCUCGGGCAGAUGGCGCAUCCAGGGCAGAUGCACCAGCGACCAACAGAAGGUCAGGUCAAGACGCAUCGUGAAGGAGCUAGCAGCGCAGUGGGCACCAGCGCCAAUGGUCAGACUUCUGCCGCUCUCUCUUGGGCUUCUUUGGAGGAUCACACUCACGUAGCUUCGCUUUUGGCAGACUUCGUCAGCGAUAGGGAUUUGUUCAGCUUGAUACAGUGGGACGAGGUGGAUAGACUGGCCAAAGCUUUGACGCGGGAUCGACGCUUGGCGAAGGCGUGCGAAAGUUGGAAACUUCGACCUGCGCAGGGCCAACAUCUGGCAAAGCUUGCGCUUUGCGAUGUACAUUUUGCCCUUCCAGCGGAGCUCAAUGAUGAUGCGGCGGAAGCUCUGUUACCGCUCUUGAGCCGCGUGUCAGCCAUCACGGCUUCUUUUCUAGAUGGCGAUGAUCUCCACUCGCAAGACGGAAAGCCCAGUGUCACCUUUCGUCAUGCUGACAAGCAAGAGAUUCACGCCGUGCCCUCCGAUACCGAGGCUCUCCGGCCUCUGCUUCUCAGUGGCGCGUCAGCCAGCACCUCCCGAAACGCCGCAUCUGCACAGCCUGCCAGCAGCUCUCUAGCACAUACCUUUAGGACCUCCUUUGAGCAAAGUUUGCUUUCGAGAGCGAAAGAGGGUACCUCAGCUCGGCCGAGUCUCUAUGUCAUCGUGCUGGACAGAGUGCCGCCAGAAGGCGACGCGGCAUGCACCGAGCUCGUGCAAGCGAUAGGGGACAGCAAGAUGGAGUUGAGUCAAGCUGGUGUUGGAGAGGGAGCGAUGAGUGUCGAGAUUGUGUCCCUGGGAGGCGGGGAGCCUCUGAGGCAGUGGCUUUCGCGGACGCGUGAAAACGGCGAUCUUCACAAGAAGCUCUUGGUCACGCAUCUGCCGGCGUCGGCCAUGCUCGCAGCAAGUUCUGAGAGCAGCUCAGCGAGUCUUGCUUCGAAUACCGUGCUGCCCUCUGCAACGCUCCUGACGAGCUUGAAGUCCUCUGCCGAAGUCGAGCACAAUGCCGAAAACGCCGAGCUGCGCAGCGUGUUCGAGGCUGCGCGUCAGGCAGCGACCGGGACGUUUGAUUCGCAGCGCACGGGCCCGCCAACAGGUCCGCGAUCCGGCCGCAGAGGUGCAGCUCAAGUGGCAGGUGCGCCGAGCUCUGAUGCAGAGGAAGGAGAUCUGGGAAGUGCAUUGGCGGGCGCAAAGCUGAGCACAAAGAAAAAGGAAUACUUGUCUCGAGUUCCUUGCAAGUUCUUUCGAUCGCAAGGCUGUUCAGCUGGGGACGCUUGUCCUUUUGCUCACAUUACGCCCGGUGAACCGACGAACAAGCCUCAGUGUCAGUGGUUCCUGAAGGGAAACUGUCGCUUUGGACACAAGUGUGCUUUGUUACACACCUUGCCAGGUCAGCCCAUUAGUAUGGACCGCAAGAAUAAGCGUGCUAUACAGCAAGGGGGCAACGCUGCUGCAUUGGCUCAAUCUCACGCAAGGCUCCAAGGCGGCAUAGCAGGUGCCAUUCCCAACCCCGACCCACGCUGGGUUCAAGGCGACUUUCCUGGACAACCCAUGGCACCGAGUGCGAGUCAAAGCAUGGACUUUGGAGCGUUGGCAGCUGCAUAUGCUGCGCAGCAGCAGCCGCCACAGCCGCUCAUGCAAGACCCCUCUGGAAGGGGUCGACAUCAAGGGCACUUGUCGAUGGGUCAUCGCGAUUUCGAUUUCCCAUUUGGUGUACCGGACGACCUCCAGGGUGUGGCUGCAUCCAAUGCCGCGGCCGUCCAGCACGAGCCAAGUCUGGGCGCAUACACACAACAGCCCGCAAGAAGAGACCUGGUCGCGGGUGAGUUGCGCAGCACGCCUCCAAGGCCGCUUUCCGUGCCGCGGGCCUCUCACGGAGGUGCGGAGCGGCCGACUCUAAUGGAGCGCACGCAAGGUCUGAGCGUAGAUGGGAUGGGUCAUCUGAGUAGCCCGCCGUCCAGUCGUGCAUUCGGCACGAGUCCCUUCAGCAACGGCGGUGCUCAGAGCGUUUUCUUUUCCGGCAGCCAGGAUUCCGAGGGAGGCGCCGGACCAUUUGGAAGAGCGCCUCACAGUGCACGCAGCUUUGCAGCUGAGCCAACAUCUGCUUGGCGCAGCAGAUUCCAAAACGGUGCAGCUGAAGGAGCUGAAGAUGGAGACGACUCUGCGCUGAAUGAAGAAGACUUUUUGCCUUCGAGCUUGUCAGACCUGCUCACGCCUGCGGAGCUCGAGCGCAGGAGGAAAAACGUCCUGCUGGCGGCAGCGGCUGGCAAGCUGCCUGGACGGUCUUCUUCGAGCGCAUCGCGAAGCAUGCCUGCACAUCAUGAUGCCGAUCUUGGCGCCAUUUGGCAAAUGGGACUGAUGAACGGUCGUGCGCAACAGAAACUCGAAGAUGAGAUCGCGGCGCUGGAGCGCGCUGCAGCGGCCGCCGAGCAAGGCUCCGGCACGCUCUCGCAAAGUCAACUUCGAAGUCAGCUGUCCAUUCUAGCUGCCCAACAACGAUCUCUGAUGCGCCAACAGCCGCCGCACUACAAUCACCAUUCCCAAACAACACCACGCCCAGCCAACACUCGCGCACAGCGUUCCUCAAGCAAUCUGAAUCCUGCUGCCGAAUUGGCUUCCGAGCGUGAAAAGGCAUCUAGCCUCUCGGAGGCUGAUGCCAGGGUCGCUGCUUUGCUGAGCACCCUCCAAGCUCAGUUCGCCUCGCAGCAGGCCGGAGCAAACAGCUACAGUCCUGGCCUUCAUGCGGCCCUUCACGCACCCGGGCAGAGCCUACCUCAAGGUCUCGCGGCCGGAUUCUCGCGACUACACUUGGAGCAGGCGGGAGCAAAGUUGCAGACUGCGAGCGGCAGUGGCAGUCAAGCAGCGUCUGGCCCUGCCUCGCAGAUCUCGGGUCGUCAAGCAGUACCCAAACAAUCAGACUUGGGUGCCAACGACGUGCGCAGUCUGCUUGGCCGCAAGCCUUCUGCGCACGGCUCGCUUGGACCCUCCGAAGGCUACGACUCUGACUUGGGACCCACCGCGCCUGGCUCCUUGUUGGCUCAUCGAGCCAAUCCACUCAAUCUGGCCAUGGCCAGGUCGAUCGGAGCACAGAGCGCUCUGGGCCAGUCGUACGAUGCAAGCUUGCACGGCAGCGGUCCAGGUUCAGCACAGCACAAUGGACACUUUUCCUCCUCCAACAACUCUGUCCGACGAGCGACGCCCGGCGCGGCUUCUCCCGGUCCGCAGCAAUCUCAGGAUCGGUCGGACGGAUCGGGAAUCGCAAUACCUUCUUCUGGCGCCGCGCCUGCCUCUCCUGGAGCUCAAGCGCUGGGCGUCCCAGGCGCUGGCGCCGCUGGCAAACACUCGAGCCUGCACCGCGUAAGAGGAGGCGCGCACUCGACAGCACAAGCCAGCCCUCUGGCUUUGCCAUUGCUGGGGGAGGAAGUCGACGAACCGCUCUUCGAGCUGGAAUGAGCAAUCUUCAUCAAGCCUGGCUCUUCGGCCUCGCAUCGUCGUGUCGGAUUUGGGUCUUUUGCACGUACCACCAAGUAACGCGUCACCUUUUUUCUUGUCCAACGUCGCUUGUAUUUGACUCUUACUUGCCUUGCGACCCUGCAAAAGAAUAUGAUGAUUGCGGACAGCUCAC